UGUUAAUUUUUUUUUUUUUUUCGUUUUUUUGGUGAUUUUUGAGAUUUUGCUUGAAAAAUUGAGCAUUUUGGGGGGUUGAAAACCCUAAAUUUUACAGAUUUAAUAGCAACUCUUUUUGUAAUUUUUUCUUUCAUUUCUUUUUUUUUCGAAAUUUUUGGAAAAAAAAAGGAAAAAAUGGUUUUAUUUUUCAUGAAAAGUUGAGGAUUUUUGGGUUUUAAUCUGAAAAAUUGAGAAUUUUUGUAAAAAAAAAAUAAAAAUCAUUUCUUUUGUCGGAAUUUUUGAAAAAAAAAAAAAAAGAAGAUGAAAAAAUGGUUGGAUUUUUUUAUGAAAAAAUGAGGAUUUUUGGGGUUUAAUUUACGAUUCAUUUUAUGUUCUUUGGAAAACCCUAAAAUUCCCAGAUUUUCCAAUUAAAUUUUUUUCAUUUUAGCUGAGAUGAAAAAAAAAAAAAAAGAUUCUUUUAUGGUAUUCGAUUUUAGCUGAAAAAUUGAGAAUUUUCGGGUUUGAAUCUGCGAUUCAUUUGAUGUUUCUUGGAAAACCCUAAAUUCCUAGAUUUAAAAUUAAUUUAUUUUGUAAUCUUUUUAACCGAUUUGUUGUUUCCAAUUUUGAACUCGAUUCAUUUUGGAAACCCUAAAUUCCCAAAUUUUCAAUUAAAUUUUAAUCUCCAAAUUUGAUUUUCUCUGAAAAAUGUAGAAUUUUUAGGUUUGAAUCUGCGAUUCAAUUGUUCUUUUUUGGAAACCCUAAAUUCCCAGAUUUAAAAUUAAUUUUUUUUGUAUGUGUUUUUCCCUCGAUAUCAUCGGAAAAAAAUUAAUUUUUUUUGGUUAGUGUUAAUUUAUGGUGUUUGAUUUUGCCUGAUAAAUUGAGAAUGUUUUGGGUGUGAAUUGAUUGAUUGUUGCAAUUUUUGAAUAGUUGAUUAAUUGUGGUGUUUAUUUUUGGAAACCCUAACUUACUUUCCUAAUUUUGGUGUUUUUUUUUUCAGGUUUAAGGUUGUUUUUUAGGGUUAGGGUUUACGUUUUUCAGGUUACAUGUAUGGAUACAGAUUCUGUUGAUUUGGAUUGUAGAGAUGAGAUUCGUUGGGGCUCAGAAAUCAAAGUUUAUAUCCGGAAAAAGCGUAGAAAUGCUGCAGCCGUUGAUGCCGUGGUGGUUAAUGCAGCUGCCCCGGAGGCGAUGCCACAAAACCUAGAUGCAGCCGUUGAUGCGGUGGUUGUUAAUGCAGCUGCGCUGGAGGCGAUGCCACAAAACCUAGCUGCGGCCGUUGAUGCCGUGGUUGUUAAUGCAGCUGCGCCGGAGGCGAUGCCAAAAAACCUAGAUGCUGCGCAAGCGAAUCCAGAGGAGGAGGAGCAAUUGGAUAAGGUAACACCUCAAACUCAGGAUGUUUUGAUUGAUGAUGUUACCUCGGGAGAUGUGGCCGAUGGUGGGAAGGAUGUUUUAAAUGAAGGUGGCGAGGGUGAUGGGACGGAUGUUUUAAAUGAAGGUGGCGAGGGUGAUGGGACGGAUGUUUUAAAUGAAGGUAGCGAGGGUGGUGGGACGGAAGUUAGAGAUGAUGGUGGUGGGGUGGAUGUUGGAGAGGAAGGUGGCGAGGGUGGUGGGACGGAUGUUGGAGACAAAGGUGGCGAAGGUGGUGGGACGGAUGUUGGAGAGGAACGUGGCGAUGGUGAUGGGACGGAGGAGGUGGGUAAUGAGAUUGAUAGACCGUUUAUUACUAGAGUGGAUGAUAGGAUUAGGAUUAGUUUAAGCGGGGGUAAUUUGAAUAUUGAGAAGGUUAGAGAGCUUAAAAGGACGUUAGAAAGCGAGCUCUAUCAGGUUAGGAAUUGUGCGAAGAGGAUUGAAAAUAUGGAGCGGGAGCGCAUGCAGUUGAAUCCUAUUAAUAGUAGUGGUAAUAAUGCUGUAGGUAGGAUUUUUGUUGGUGUUCCUGGGGGUGGACUUAGCUCGCGUAGACGUCAACAAUAUCUAGGUGGGGAUGAUGGGAUCGGACAUAGGUCUGUAGUGCGAGUGAAGCAUAGUCAACCAAGACCAUUUCAUCCUAGGCCAUAUCAGCCACCUAGUCUUUCGGUUGUUGUAAACAAUAACAGUCCGGUUGGCGAAUACGUGGAGAGGGAGAAGAGAACUCCGAAGGCUAAUCCAUAUUACAAGAACUCGGAGUUCCUUCUUGAGAAGGACAGGUUACCAGCUGAAAUCAAUAGAAGAUUUAAGCCGAAUGGAGGUGCGAGGAAGGAUAGAGGAGUGUCGAACCGUGGUUUUUCCUUCGACGAUAAUUAUAGAAAACAGCUGUAUAGAAGCUGUACUGAGCUGCUUCAGAGGUUAAUGAAUCAUAAGUUUGGUUGGGUGUUCAAUGAGCCGGUAAAUGUGAAGGCACUUGGGUUGCACGAUUAUCUUGAUAUCAUUAAGCAUCCUAUGGAUUUUGCUACUAUUAAGACUAGGCUAUCCCAGAAUUGGUACAACUCUCCGAAGGAAUUUGCGGAGGAUAUAAGACUUGUCUUUGACAAUGCCAAGACUUAUAAUCCUAAAGGGCAGGAUGUUCAUAUAAUGGCUGAGGAGUUGUCGCGCAUUUUUGAAGAUAGGUGGGCUGCAAUAGAGGCCAAGUUUAAUCCAGAGUGGAGGUAUCAAAUGUAUCGUGAUGCAGGUUUGCCCACUCCCACUCCCACUCCGAGAAAGCGCGGUCGUCCUCCUUCCUUUGUCCGUGAGCCAGUUCCGUAUCGUGUACUUGCACAUACUCCUCAAGCAAAGACUUUCGAAAGGUCUGAGUCAAUCACCGAAGCAGCUGACCCUCGGAAGAAGAAGCCCUCAAAGUAUUCUCAGGUUGGUAGGCCACCAGUUCUGAAGAAACCUAAAGCAAAAGAUCCGAAUAAGAGGGUCAUGACAUACGACGAAAAGCAGAAGCUAAGUACUAAUCUUGAGAGUUUACCUCAAGAAAAGCUUGAGGCGGUUAUUCAGAUUAUUAAGAAAAGGAGCUCAGCACUUAGUCAGAAUAACGAGGAGAUUGAAGUAGACAUAGACAAUGUCGAUACAGAAACGCUGUGGGAACUCGAUAGGUUUGUGGCGAAUUACAAGAAGAGUCUGAGCAAGAACAAGAGGAAAGCUGAACUUGCUCUUCAAGCCAGUGCAAGAGCUGCUCAGAGUGCUCCCAUUACAAGUUCGGACCCAAUGGUUGCUAAUGCAUUGAAAAAAAGUAGAACUGAAGAUGGGAGACAGGCGGAUAAUGCAAGCAGUUCCAGCAGCUCAGGCCGUUAUAGCAGUGAUUCAGGAUCAUCCUCUAGCAAUUCUGAUAGCGACAGUUCCUCUUCAUGUGGAUCGGAUGCAGAGGAUUGACCUAGAUGUGAAAGGAUGUAUAAUGAAAUCUUUUUCAGACGUGCGUUGAUUCAGAAUGUCAAGUUUGACUCGCUAAGUGUGGUUCCUUGAUGAUGAGAUACUGUGAUGGCAUAAACAAAUCGUUGAUUUUUACCAUCAUUUAGUUAGUCGAUAUACAAAUAUCUAUACAACGUGGUCUCCGUUUUGGGAUUGAAUUCUAAAUCAGAUUGGUUUACAGCCGUAACGUGAGAAAUAUAGCACCUGUAAAAUAGCACCAGUUAGUUUGCCUGAAAAAUAUCAUGUUGUGGUGGGAUUUCAUUCAUUUCAUUGCAGUGUUGUUAGAGCUACUAGGCAUGACGGCAUGAUUGUUUGACGUCCUGCAAGUGUACAAAGAACUAGUGCAGCCUAUGUCGCCCGGGCUCAUCAAAAAUGUCAUCAGAUGCGUGUUGGAUUCUUCAUCCGACGUGGGUGCGGCAACAUUAUCAUAGACUCCGAGCGACUUGGGCCGCAGCUAUGAUAGGUUAACGUGUAUUGUCAGACAUUGUAUAGUGUAAACUAAAGUGAUGAUAACUGUAGACUCUGUACAUAUGUAACCAUUUUUUUUUUUGCUUUUUUUGGUUUCAUUCUUGGUAGAUAGCUUGUAUGUCACAUUUACUUUUUUGAGUAGGUAGAUCAGGGUUGAUGAAAUGUAUAAUUGCUGCAUCGAUGUUGUUUUUUUAGAAUCACGACUCGUAUGAGUCGAUCAGGGAACUUGUUUUCUCGCUUUUUACAAGUUUUUCAGUUUUA